AUGUUCAACCGACAAGAGCACUUGACGCGUCAUUUGAGAAUGCAUACAGGCGAACGUCCGUUUCUAUGUACCUUUCAUGGAUGUCACAAGACAUUUACGCGAACGGACAACUUGGCUGCUCAUUUCAAAUCCCAUACCGCUGCUUUGCGUAGGAUCAAAAAGCCAUCA